AUGCAAACCACGCUUGUCAUGCUCAUGGCCAUGACAUCAUGGAGUCUCAUGCUCUUUACCAUGCUCGUCAUGCUCAUGCUCUUUACCACGCUUGUCAUGCUCAUGGCCAUGACAUCAUGGAGUCAUGCUAAGGAGACCUGGGGGAGCAUGAUCAUGCUCAUCAUGCUCUUUACCAUGCUCAUCAUGCAAACCAUGCUCAUCAUGCGCAUGGCCAUGACAUCAUGGAGUCAUGUUAUGCUCGUCAUGGUAGUCAUCAUAGGAGUUAUCAUGCUCAUCAUGAUUAUCACCAUGCUUAUCAUG